AUGGAGAAGUUAAAAGCAAUUCGUGGUGGUCACCGAAGUGCAGUAACAAGAUUGAUUAAUAGAACCAAGGAGAGAAUUUCUGAAAAUGAUAUUGAACUUCAAGAGCUUUCGGCUGCCGCAGAUACCCUAACAAAGAAGAGGAACCUGCUUGAAUCUCUAGACUCACAGAUCUUAGAUGGAACCGAACUAGAAGACAUGGAACAAGAAAUUCUUGACGUGGACGAGUAUACAAUGAAUAUGGAAGUAACCAUUCACAGAUUCAAGGACAUAGUUUCUGGAAACAAAACAACCCCAUUUCAGCAAACGGUUAGUGAAACAACUUAUGUUCCAAUAGAAAAUACACUUGCAAAUCACAACUCAAACCAUUCAGAAAAUGUAUUUUCAGUGGAAAAUAACUCUGUUUAUUCGAACGCAAACCCAACAACAACAACAAAUUUCUAUCACAAACUACCUAAGCUUGAUCUACAGAACUGUACGGGAGACAUAUUAACAUGGCAGACAUUCUGGGAAUCGUUUGAGAUAACCAUUCAUCACAAUCCCUCUUUGACAAAUGUACAAAAGUUCAGCUAUCUCAAAUCUCAGAUACACAGUGAAGCCGCACAAUGCAUAUCCGGUUUAUCUCUAUCAAACGCCAACUAUGACCACGCAAUUAUAUUGCUAAAGGAGCGGUAUGGACAGACACAAACAAUAAUAAACGCGUACAUGCAGAAUUUACUUGAACUUACGCACCCAUCACUUACACCGCACAGCAUAAGAGCAUUUUACGAUAAAAUGGAAUCGUGCAUAAGGGGAUUAGAGUCGCUCGGACAAUCGCAAGACACAUUCGGAUCACUUUUAGUACCAAUCAUAUUUGGAAAAUUGCCUGACGAAAUGAAAAAGCUGAUGACCAGAGAACACGGAAAACAGAAUUGGGAUAUUAGGUCCCUAAGAGAAGCAAUCGGUAAAGAAAUGUACGUUCAGGAAACUGGUAAUUCAGAUAAAUUAGACAGUUUCACUCCCACAGCGUCUUUUCACACAGCAGUUGAACCCAAAAUCACUGCAAGACCUCAAUCAGUAACAAAUCAGUUUAAACCUAAAACCUGUAUUUACUGCAAACAAUCGCAUUCGUCCCUAGAAUGUACUAAUGUUGUGGACAGAGAGAGCCGCUUAGCUAUUAUAAAACAGAAUAAGGUAUGCUACAAUUGCCUUGGCAAUCACAAAGUUUCGGAAUGCCACUCACGAUUUAGAUAUAGGAAUUGUAAUAGCAAACAUCACACUAGCUUUUGUGAUAGAAAUGAGAAUCAAGAAAGAGAAAAUGUAAGUACAAUGAAACCCUUACCGCAAAAUACAAGUGUAAAUACAGUAGAGAGCAACAAUGAUACAGUAACAUUCUACACGUCAACAUCGAGCGUUAAAACAAGUACAGACGUAUUGUUAAAAACAGCCAUCUCACCAGUUUGUGUAGAUGACAGGUCAGCUACUGCCAAUAUUCUUUUAGAUGAAGGAUCUCAGAAAUCGUUUAUAAGCAAAGAGUUAGCAACAGAAUUACAAUUAAAACCAAAUGGAACUUCGACAAUUAGCGUAGCAGCAUUUGGAGAUGCACACAGAAAUGUACGCAAUUUAGACACUGCCAUAAUAGAUUUACAGACUCAGAACGGAAGGAAAAUACCGAUGGAAGUAUUAAUUGUUCCCACUAUCGCAGCACCGUUACAUAAUCGCAUGACCUACAAUGCUGCUAAACUGCCAUACCUCAGUGGACUUAGAUUUGCGCACCCUGUAAGCGACAUGGAUAAAUUCAAGAUUUCACUUUUAAUAGGUUCUGAUUACUUCUGGGAUAUCGUAGAAGACAAAAUUAUCCGUGGACCAGGCCCGACCGCAGUAGAAUCAAAACUCGGAUACCUACUUUCUGGACCAAUGAAAGACUCAGCUGGACCCACAUCCUCAGCUUUCAUGAUACAACACAAAACGGAAGAAGUCGAUUUGGAACGUUUUAAGAAAAGAAAUCAUUCGGAGAAGCUUCUGGCGAAUCAGUGA